AUGAAAUGUUCACUUUUCUUUGAAGAUAACUACAGCAUUAAUCUCUCCUGCUCAGACCUACUGCUCCAUCCAGUCCUCUCCGUGUCCUCCUCCUCCUCCAUCCUCGGGGUCUCCGAGGCCCAGCAGCAGGUGCUCCAGGUGGUCUGGGGCUCCACCUACACCAUCAGCUGCUCCAUCCAGCCACAGUACCCAGGAGGCUCCUUCCAGCUCAUCUUCACCUCCUCCAACACCUCCUACAGCUCCACCCAGCUGGCCGUCAAUCACUCUGCACACUUCCUGUUUCCUGCCGCAGAGCCCGCCCACCGGGGAAACUACACCUGUGUUUAUCACCUCCAUGUUUUUGGACACAACUUCUGGUCAGAGAGCCGCCUGCUGUCUCUGUCUGUGUCCGAUCCAACAGCUGUGAUCGUCAGAUGGGUGGUGGUGCCGCUGUCUCUGCUGCUGGUGCAGGCUGCUCUGUGGCUGUACUUUAAGGUACUGUUCUCCUCUCUGCUGAUGCUCUGGAGCUCUGGGUGGAGCCAGACUCUCCUCACUCCUGUGUGUCGUCAUGUCUCUGCAGGCCAGCAGGGGGCAGACCGGCAGACCGGGCGGACGCUGAGCGGAGUGCAGUGGAGGGAUGAAGUCGGUCCUCUGAACCUUCCUGCUGUGGAGACCAGAUGGUUUUUAUGAGCUUCUUA